AUGUCUGAUCGAGUGCGUCUACAUAUCACACCCUUCAAUCCAGAUCUCGUCGACCGCUUCAUUCCCGCGACGCUUAAACCACAGGCAACUAAUAUCUCCUUCCACGCUAUCGAGACUUUCCCAGAAAGAGGAUUCGGAUACGUAGAGCUGCCAUUUGCUGAAGCGCAGAAGCUGAAGAAUAAGUUCAACGGAAUGACGCUAAAGGGAUCCAAAGUCAAGAUUGAGGAGGCGAAGAAGGAGAAGAAAAGAAAGGUUGAUGUCGAGGAUGAAGAUGUCGAGGUGAAGAAGCCGAGCAAAAAGGUCAAGAAGGCGAAGAAGAGCGAGGGAGUGCUGGUAGGCCAUGAGCUGGAAGAAGGCAGGAUUGUGAAGCGUGGCUGGACGGAGGAUUCAGGGAAGAAGGGCAAAGAUGGAAAGGUCAAGAAAGAGGAGAAGAAGAUGAAGUUCAAGACGCUGGUGCCUCCAAAUGCUGUGCCUCUUGAGGGUGAUGCCGGAGACAAGAAGCCAAAGAAGGACAAGAAGGAGAAGAAGGAGCGGACAGAGGAAGAAAAGGUCGAGAAGGCUGCGAGAAGAGCGGCCAAAAAGGAGGCUCUUGUCAAGGAGUUUGCGAAUACUACGAAGCUCAACUUCCCCAACUCUGCCGGUGACAAGAAGACCAAGCAUUACGAAGAGGGCGUCGGUUGGGUGGACCAAGAAGGGAAUGUGGUCGAGCCAGAGCCGCCAAGCAAGAAGCGGAAACGUGAGAAGAGGGAGAAGAAGGAAAGAAAGGCUGCCGAAAAAGUCCCCACUCCAGAGCCAGAGCCAGAGCCAGAGCUGGAUGCAGAGUCAGAGUCAGAGUCAGAGGUGGAAGAUGCCGCUGCAGGCUCAAAGGCCAACGAAGAAGAUGUUAAGAUGGAGGAAGCGUCCGCUGAAACUGCCGACACUUCAUCUGAAAACGAGGCAUCCUCACCUGACAAGCCAGCCUCUGAUGACUCAGAGUCAGAUAACGACAGCCUUGACGACCAUCUAAACGAGGCAGAGUCCAACACCGUCUCGAAUGGCGCUACUACUCAACCCCGGAACGCAACCCCCACAGCUGUCGGUGAAGUCGUAGAGGAAGUUGAUGAGCUUGACACCGAGGUCGCCAGAGAGAUCCACCCACUCGAAGCACUCUAUAAACGUUCAGAGUCCAGACCCGCACCCAUCGAUACUUCCUUCAACUUCUUCUCUGCUGGAGCCGACGACGACGAGGACCCAGCCGUCGAGCAGCAAGUUCACAUUCCGCAGACCCCCCACACGAWGGAGGACCUCGAAUGGAGAAGUGUUCGCUCAGCGGCGCCCACACCCGAUACGGCUGCCAUCGGAAAGAAAUUCAACUUCCCUCCCACGGCCAUUGCGGAGGAGGAUGACGAUGAUGAGGACGAUGAGGUUGAGAAGGAGUUGGGAGAUGGAAAGGGCGAGGAAAGUGAAUUUCGAAAAUGGUUCUAUGCAAAUCGCGGAGACCUCAAUCGUGGAUGGAAGAAGAAGAGAAAGGAGGAAAGAAAGGUCGCGAGGCAGAGGGAGAAUCGGAGGGCGAGUAGGAGAGUCGCUUAG